GCGCGACGCAGCGUGCCUCGUACGAUUAAAUUGUCGCUGGAUUUCCCGCGCCGAACGCGCUCCAAUUGUAACGCGUUGUUCGACGCAAGGGGAACUUUCCAAAUUUCCUGCUAACGUCGCACGAACACUUGCAGAGUGGGUUUUGAAUGAAUAUAUAAUUCAAACUUUACAAGUGUACGUGGAUACGCUCACCGUUUCGGACGGUGGGAUAAAUUCACGAAGGAGAAAUGAGGAACGAGAAAGGAGAAACAUAACCAACUCGUUUUUUGUCCUAACGGUGGGGUGCUGAUACGAACGUGGUAGUAGAUACCAAGGGACGUGGAAGGGAUGAUCGCCCCUUCAUCUCGCGCCUCCCAACCGGCUGCUAUAACUAUACCUAAUCUCCUUCCGCGCGGAGAUAAUUUUAGAGGCGGACGAAAUAAAACAACUUUCGCGGCUGCACAUGUUCAACUUCGAGAACAGCUGCGAGCCGAGUAUCCGAGUUGAACUUUGAAACGUUAAAUUCAACCGAUUUUCAUAAUCUGUAAACGAGUUUUUACACAUUUUUCAUUUGCGUCAGAAAACACGCGUUUAUUUAAAUUGAACGGUAUGAAAAAAUAAUAUCGAUGAGGUUUUACAUUUAAAAGGCAAAUUUAUCGAUCAGGUUCAGUAGAAAAUACCAGAUAUCGUUCCCGAUCGGUCAGAAACAUGAGUAAAUUUUUUUAUAUUAGCGUCUUGUGUUCUUUCAGCCAUCAAUUACGUUUACCGAUGUAGAAUUUUAAACGGGGCUGUAAUUAAUAUUAACGACGCGUCGAAUAAUACUGAAGACUGGCGCAAUACAGAUUACAUUCUCAUUCCUAACGAUGGUACACAAAUGAUUGAUUUAACGAGUAUGCAUACAUAGAAUUUAAAAUGAGAUGUACCUUAUUUAUAUAAUUCCAAACUAAUGGAUCGAAAUCGAUUUAAGUCCUAUCGAAGUAAAAUGUGUCCACGUCAAUGAGGGUAUCUCGUGAGAGCCAUAAAUGAGGAAAAUCGCGCAAAGUGGUCUUGAUACUGAGAAUGACGUGAGGAAUAAAUCUCUGAAAAAAUCAAUAACUCCGAUCGAGUCACCAAAGGGGAACGAAAGGGAACAACGGCCCUCCCUCGAAAAAAAAAAACUAAAAAUAGCAAUGUCGAGGAAGCUGUAUGCGAUAGUCGUACAAAUGAAGAACGUUCAUCGAAUCGAAAGAGGACAGCUUGUUUUCAACCUGGAGGGAAUUCGCGUGGGAGUCGGUGCGGUGGACAAAAGAGGGGAAUAUACGCGCCUACGGUAGCACGUAGGGCCUGGUGGGGAUGUCGCUUGUCUCUGUUUAUCCUUGCCAACACAGUUAUUUCCGUCUCCGUUGGCUUGCCCUCACCACUCACCUGAAGUAGAGGUGUUUCCCCGGAUCCAUUCGUGACGCGAGGGUGGUGGGAAUCGGUGGGAAGCGUUUGCUAAGCGGGAACGUUCGGUCGUGUCUAGUCGUCGCCGGAGUUUCUGAUAGUAGUGGGACCACGCACGCGACACUUGCACGUCUUAUCGUUAUUCGCUUUUUAUCAAUGGAGAGCUCGUGUCACCGACUUUCACGUUCACGUACGCACGCCUCGCGAUUACGCUCAACGACGCACGCGCGGUACCGUGAGGAGAAGAGGAACAAACGCCCGGUUCUAAGGAAAACGAAUCUUGAGAUCCUCGAAUCCAGUUCGUCCUGCCCGAUGAACACUGUGUCGCGGCUCCAAGGAGAGUCGUUAGAGUAAAGGGAAGAAUUUGGUCCCGAAGGCCGAGUGCGCGUUUCGCAGACACGCUCGCGAGUCUGAUCUAUUUCUUUUGUUCGAUACGGUCGAAUAUAAUCCUGGACCCACCGGUCGAGCUUCGAAGACAUCGAAGAAUUCGCCCCCGGGGCCUCUUGCUAUGUGUGCGCACACGUACGCAUACAUCCAGAGCCGAGACAGACGUGAUCUUUGUACCCGUUGUCAGUGAAGGCGGGGAAACCACGUUUCGAGAAACUGAAAUCGUAUAGUUCUAAAUUGGUUUCGCUUCGAUGAAGUUGAACCGCCUACCGAGAGCUAGAGAAAUAUCGUCAAGAAUUUCACCUCUCGCUUCAAUCUCAGUCGCGUUGCCAAGAAAAAUAGGAUUGGCAGUGGCAUCGAAAAAUUGACCCCAGGCUCGAUGAUGAAAUUAUUGAAUGAUUAUUACGUUCGAAAUCAUUCUAUGGACGAAUAAAAAAUAUUUAUGAAGACGCUAUAUACGUACACAUUAUCAAAUAAAAAAAAAAUUACAUUGAAGAGAAUUGGAUAUAAUGACAGACGUCGAUGGGCGAAUCCAAUAAGAAGCUUUGUAGAUAGAAAGAUAUUCUUACGGGCGUAUUUUUAAGGAUGAUCGUCGAGUAGCCAAAGAGUAAAUUAAAUCUGGAUAGAGUUCAACUCAGUCCUUGAAUCACGAAGAGUAUCUAUCAAUAUAUAUUUAUUAGGUAGAAAGUAAAGGACGUAUUUCAAGCUUGUAGGAAGCCAUUGAAAAUUCUUAGAUACUACAAAUUGUCAAUCGGAAGUAUCGAUCUACAAUUGGAUCGAGAAGCACACUAUAGAAGAGCGCGCAACCAACAGCGACUCGAAAGUAAAAUAGGACACGUUUGGUCAGACACAGCAGCACGCAGACGCAGUAGUUUCCAGUUCGAGGAGGCAGCAGGAGCUUCCCUCGACUUUUUUAAAACAAAAGUGACGUGCAGGAGACGCGUUAUGGUGGCGAGUAGCAGCUGACAGCGCGUGGCCAGACAUAAAUCGGUUUUACGGGAGGACAGACGUGUGGAGCCCACCUCUUCAUCAUGAUACAAAUAUUCGCGGACGCCUUCAGAAGCCUGAUAACCACGUCGUCGUUGAUCCUCAAGACGGAAGAAGACCAUCGUCGGUUGUCUAGCCUUUCUGGGGACAACGUAUACGGCUCGGGGGUUAGAAUCGGACGGGGUGAGAACGCAGUCGCAGUCAGUAACGGAAACAUUAUGGAUUCGACACAAUCGGCCAUGAUGAAGCAAACGGACUACGUCGUAGACGUCGUUUUGCCGACAGUCUUAAUUGCCCUGCUGUUCGUCGGGAAUGCCAUCAUCGUCUACAUUAUCUUCCAAUACAGGAAACGGAAAGUUCCGUCAAUGGAACAGGGGGAGGAAAUGUCUUUGCGGAACGCGGCGGAAGUGCCGCAGGUAUGAUUCGCGGAGAGUCGAAUUCACGAUGCCAGCCAAAAGAAAGCGUUAACGAGAUGGCCUGAGUUGCAUUUUUUUCCUACGAGGAUGAUCUCUUCAAAAACGAAACGGAUCUCUGGGAUGAGGACCGCCUAAAAUUUUAAAGGCCUCGUCCGUCUUUCAUGAACAUUCUCGCGAAUGAAUCGUCGCCGAGACUGUUAAAGGAUUCUUGGUCGAUUUCUGUGUUGGCACGUUCUCCAGUGAAAAAGCGCGAUUCAACAAGCAUUGUUUCUCGAUACGCGAUCAAGUUAAUCUCGAAGAAAAGACUAUAAAUGCGUUCGUCGCCGCUCGUUAAUUAACCAUCGCUAUUGUCAAUAAUUAGGAAAACCGAGGCGCCUACUUACUGCGUACUACAUAGUGCUGCCACGAUCUACUCACAUUUACACGAACAGACAGACACAUACACUUACGAUAAUGUAUUAUAAUGUAAGAAAAUAAUAUAUUCUAUAUUUCGUCCAAAUUGUGGCUAAAAAGAAAUAAACGGAUGUUUUCUUAUAUGUACUUUUCUGAUUGCGAUGCGAUUUAAAGGGACAUUGAACACAGA